AAAGGAAGAGAAGAAGAAGAAGAGGAGGAGGAGGAGGAGGAAGAGGAGAUUAUAAAUAGGAAGAUGAAGAGUGUUCAGAAAAACAAUACACACUCUUCAAUUCCUUCAUAUAUACAUACUUUAUCAUAUGAUCAUUAUGAAAUAUAUGAAGAUGGAUGAGCAUAGAAUAGCUUUCAUGGCUGUGAUUUUAAUUCAAGCCAUUUACGCUGGUAUGUUUCUCGUCUCCAAGGCGGCUUUCGACGUUGGAAUGAACAGCUAUGUCUUCGUUUUCUAUCGUCAAGCCUUCGCUACUGUCUUCCUUUCUCCAAUAGCCUUCUUUUUUCAAUGGAAAGAUGCCCCACCCUUGACAUUCUUCACCUUCUGCAAGAUUUUUAUGCUCUCUUUAUUUGGGAUAGCCCUAUGUUUAAAUCUUUAUGGGAUUGCUCUAGUGUACACAUCAGCAACAUUGGCUGCAGCAACUACAAAUUCUCUUCCUGUCACCACCUUCUUUGUUGCCCUCUUACUUAGGAUGGAGGUAUUGAGGUUGAAGUCAAUAGCAGGAAUUGGAAAGUUAGCAGGAAUAUUAUUUUGCAUUGGUGGUGUUGGAGUUUUGGCAUUUUACAAAGGGCCCCAGUUGAAUUUUUUCAACCAUCAUCAUCUCUUUUCCGUCCAUAACCCUAAUCACCAUUCUUCUUCGGUUGCAUUACCCAAUACUUGGUUGAAGGGUUGCUUUUUGAUGCUAUCUGCCAAUACCUUAUGGGGUAUUUGGAUUGUUCUUCAGGCCUUUGUAUUGAAAAGCUAUCCUUCAAAGCUUAUGUUGACAAAUCUUCAGUGUUUAUUAAGUUCAUUUCAAUCCUUUGCUAUUGCUAUUGCAAUGGAAAGAGACCCUCAGCAAUGGAAACUUGGCUGGAAUCUUAGGCUUCUCUCAGUGGCAUAUUGUGGAAUCGUGGUGACCGCGGUUACCUACUGUCUUCAAGCUUGGGUUAUUGAGAAGAAAGGACCAGUUUAUCUAGCCAUGUCUACACCUAUUGCUCUUGUCAUUACAAUCUUCUUCUCUGCUGUUUUUCUUGGAGAGAGUAUCAGUCUUGGAAGUAUCUUAGGAGGAUUGUUAUUGGUGGGAGGGUUGUAUUUUGUGCUAUGGGGAAAGAGCAAAGAGCAAAAAAUAAGUGAAGGAUUGAAAGAAGGUACCAAAGAAUGCGACGACAUGGAAGAAGGGAAAGAUAGCACUAAACUACCCAAUGAAAAUCCAACAUCUUCUGUGGAAAAUGUUUGAACUAUUUAUCAUAUGAAUAUGUGUAUUUUUUUUUUUUUUUUAAAUUUAGGCCUAGAUUUUCUAUUUUUCAAAUUAUAUAUAUGGGGGAGGGUUUGCAAUUAGUGUAGAAAUCGUAAUUGUGGGGUUAGAUUGAUUUUCAUUAUUACUAUGCUUAAAUUAUAUAUAUAUAUAUAUAUAUAUAUAUAU